AUGGCGCACGCGUCACAUCAUACGGCCUCACGACGUGCCCCCGUUCCCCAGCAACAGUCAAAUGCUGGGCCGAGCACAGGUGAUCGCCGCAAGCGCAUGUCGACGACGUCAGGAAGUAGCAGCGGUCGCGAAGACGCCCGAUCAAUCGGCCAGUGGCGGAUAGGCCGCACCAUUGGCAAGGGCUCGUCGGGUCGUGUCAAGAUCGCCAAACACCAAACAACCGGACAGUAUGCUGCGAUCAAGAUUGUGCCCAAGGGUCUCAUCAUUUCGUCGCGCCUGUCGAUGAACGAGGCGGCAGGACGUGCGGAGAAGUUGCUUCUCGGCAUAGAGCGCGAGAUCGUGAUCAUGAAGCUGAUUGAUCAUCCGAACGUUCUCAGCCUCUACGAUGUGUGGGAGACUGACCAGGACCUGUACCUCAUCAUGGAGUACGUUCCCGGAGGAGAGCUGUUCGACUAUCUCGUGCGCAGAGGACGUCUGCCGCCGAGUGAGGCACUCAAGUACUUCCAGCAGAUCAUCUACGCAGUCGAUUACUGCCACCGCUUCAACAUUUGCCAUCGCGAUCUGAAGCCUGAGAAUCUCCUUCUCGAUAAGGACAAGAACAUUAAGGUUGCGGAUUUCGGAAUGGCGGCGUGGCAGGCGGAUGAGCGCAUGCUUGAGACAUCAUGUGGUUCGCCGCACUACGCCUCCCCCGAAAUUGUCGCAGGCAAGAUGUACAACGGCUCGGCGAGCGACAUUUGGUCUUGCGGUAUUAUCCUGUUUGCCCUGCUCACCGGUCGUUUACCUUUCGAUGACGACAACAUCCGCGCGCUGCUGCAAAAGGUCAAGAUUGGCCUUUUCGACAUGCCUGAUGACAUCGACCCGGCCGCACAGGAUCUGUUGCGCCGCAUGUUGGAGAAGGAUCCGGAGGAGCGUAUUACCAUGGCCGAAAUCGUCAGGCACCCGUUCUUCUGUUCCCACGCGCCUCGCCUCGUUGGUGGACGCGAGCUGCCCAUGCCUCCGUCGCUGGAUGUCAUGGCCCGUCCCGUCGCCGCGAGCGAGAUCGAGCCCGAGAUCAUGAAGAACCUCAAGACUUUGUGGCACGGUGCUUCCGACAACGAGAUCUAUGGAGCUCUGAUGAGCCCCGAGAAGACUUGGGAGAAGGCUAUCUACCACCUUCUGAUCAAGUACCGCGACCGUCAUCUCGAGAACUACAACAUGGAGGGAGACAGCGAGGAGGAAUCGGAGGAAGACCGUGCGCGACCGCAUAUGCGACCAGUCGGCCAUGUCAGCCACAGGCGUGCUGCUACUAUCGCUGGUCGCACUCCUACGAAGCGUGAAACCAUCCUGCCGCCCAUGCCGACCGUUGCCACCGCCACCACCGCUACUGCUGCAGUAGCGCAGACCAUCCGCAGGAAGCCUAUCCCUCUCUCGGAGAACGACACGAUUCAGCACCACAACACUCCCCCUCCCCGUCCUCAAGCGCCGACCCCGAAGAAGGCUGCUGGCGAGCCUGAAGUGGAGUCUGGACUCCGCACGCCGUCGAAGCUUGGUCCUCGUACCGCUGGUCCCAGUGGUCCGCGAUCCCCCAUUUCUCGUCACACUGCGACAGCGUCCACGGGUGCGCCCACGCUUGGUCCGAUUGCGCCAACCCCCGCUAUAACACUGCAGGAAGCUACGCCGAUUAAGGACAUUCAGACGACUGUCAUUCCUCAGAAGGCUGCCGCCCAGGCCCCCAUGUCGCCCAACGCCAUGGCGCCGCGAUCACCGCAGAUGACGGACUCGACCGUGAUCCCCUUAUCUCCCCCCGUCGUCGACAACCGUGACCUGCAGACUUUCCUAGUCGAGAUCGCCAACCAGCUGAACUCUAUGAACAUUCGCUCGUCGACCGCGUCCAGCAACUCGAAUGGCUCGCUGCCCCCGGAGUACGCCACGUACUUGAAUUACACGAAUGGCACUCCCGUCACGAGCCCUGGGCCUGCCAAGGCGGAGCUCCGACACUCCUCUGACGACGACCAGUUCGCCGAUGCUUCCGACGACGAGACGGAGGCCAUGUCGCUCUACUCCGUUUCGGUUCAUGAGCAGCGCAACUAUGCCCCCUCUCCUGUGCCCUCACCGAUUUCGCCCCUUCCGAAUGUCGGCCAUGGCUUCGGCACCCACCGCGCACCCUCGCGCUCCGGCCCUCCCCCGGUCUCCGGUCGAUGGAGCCAAGCGUCUGGCAGCUACCGCGCUCGCUCUGUUAGCAGCCGAUGCGAGUCCCCCGUUACCCCCGUCAUGUCGCCUGGAAUCUUCUCCCCCAACCCCGGCUUCUCUGCGUUUGACGCUCCUCCUCGCGAUCCCAACAACCGCGGUUCCGCCUCGUACUCGAACCCGCCUAACACGCUUCAGGCCGAGCGACCAGCGCCGCCGCCUCCCGGAAAGCUCCAUCCGCCAGGCCAGCACCACUCGCACCAGCGCCAACGUUCUUACCAGUUCCAGGGAUCGCAGCUGUCACCUGUUCAGCAGGGCACGCGGUCAGGACCCCGAGAACGCGAGCACGUCGAGUCUGGUCUGGGUGCUCGAGACAACUCUUACGUGUUUGUCGACGCCGAGAACGCGCCGGAAGACCCGUCUACUGAAACUUGGGGCAAGAACUCUGCGCUCGCCCACCGUGCUGCCGAUGGCUUCGGCAUGCUUAAGAAGCGACGCAAGACGACCAGUGGGGCGAUUGAGAACAUCGCCCCCAUCUCCCCCUCGCCAACCGAGCCGCAGGUCAAGCGAUCAUGGUUUAACAAUCUGUUUUCGUUCAAGCCCGCGUCGCGCUCGAUCCAGGUCAAGAGCCACAGCGUCCACGACGCUCGUGACAAGGUUCGCAAGGUCCUCGAGAACCACGGAGUGCGCGCCAAUGUUACCGACAUUGACGGCCAGCGUGGUCUGAAGUGCCGUACCGCGUCCACCCGCGACAUCCACGGCACUUCCAUCAAGGGAGUCAAGUUCCGCGUCGAGUUCACGCGGGCCUUGACUUCGCAGGGCUACGUCACGGACGCGCUACUCACCCUUGAGAAGGGUGCCCAGUCCACGUUCAACAACACGUGUGAUCGCCUUCAGCGCUCCCUGGACGCGGAGGCCGCCUCGUCACCGCCUCCGCCUGCAGUGCAACACCAAUACACGUUCACGCACCCCCACCCUCGGAGUACCGUGCGAGGGGCUCGACCGAGCCUCUUUGAAGGCGGUCUCUUCUCCCAGGGUCACGCCUACAGCCGCAGCCACGACGGUGCCACCUCCCCUUCCCACCAGAUGUUCUCCUCCCCUGUCAGCCCCGUUAUGACCCAACCAUUGUGGGCCCAGCCCGUGGCUGUCCCUUCCACCAUCCGCAACUAA